AUGGAUGAAAUCGUUGAAUCAGAACCUAAUCAAUUCGAAACGGAAGAGUUAGAUAACUCUGAGGCAGUAUUUAUCAAACAGUUUGUCUCAGAUAUCAGUGCUGAAGAGUUAGAUCGUUUGUUUUCUGAGGCUCUCGGGGAGCACGAAAAUGUAUCACGGAAUUCUAAACACUUGAAAUCGGAUUUCACCGAUUCUCCGGGAUUUAAUGACGAUAUCUAUCCACCUAUCAAGCGAGAAUCACAUUCUCCAGCUUCGUGGGCAAUGGGAAGUGAGUAUGCAACGGAUGAUGAUGAAAGCAGUGAUAUUAUGGGUGAGGUAAUUUCACAUUUUGAAUUGAAAGCAAUUAACCAAUAA